AUGGGGCCUCACAAGGGCUUCAAGAUUUGCUUCGCCAGUAUCGACGUGUCGCAGGUUCAAUGGUCUUCCCUGAGCUUCACCAUGUUGAUUCGGAUCUUGAGGGAGUCAGGCGCAAGAGCUACUGUAUGGAAAUCAAUCAAAGCAGGACUAAACGACGAGGCACUUGGGCAGUUGCGUCGGUGGUUUGAGAGCAUGCCCGCUGAAAACCUUCCAGAGGAAAUCCAUCUGUCACACAACCACAUCUCUACGCCUGCCUUUGAAGCUUUCGUUUCCACGCUGGAGACGAAGCGGUCAGAGCUCUCAAGGUCGGUGCCAGCUAUAUGGUGCCAAGUGGAUCACAACAACGUGCGCCAGCAGGUGAUUCAGCAGUUGGUUGAUCGAGGUGUCAUUUGCUACGUGUCAGCUCAGGAGGAUCGAUAUCACUCCUGCACGGUGGCUGUAUUGGCAAUGCCGCCAUUAGCAGAUGCUUCGGCACCAGAGAUUGGGAGGCCGAUUGCGCAACUGGGCACUCCCACACCUCCGCCGGGAUCGACUGUGCCACCAUGCCUUCCGAAGUCGAGCUCCCAAAAUAAUGCUUCGGUUUCUUCGGCGUCGCCAGCUGUCGUGCGACAGCUUCAGCAGCGUUGCCGCAACGCCGUGGUUCCCAAUGUGCCAGCAGCGCCAGCUCAUGGAUUCAUUGGGUUCGCCCCCCCUGCCAUACCGAUGCAAUGGCCCAACGGGCUGGGCUCUGUCCCCUUCGUCCCCUCAUCUCCGAAGGCAGUCGCUCAUGGGCAACGCCCACUUCAGCCGCCGAUGAUGAUGAUGAUGCCAGCGACACCUUUCAUGCCUUCUACGAUGAUGUCAGGUCAACAUCCACUAGCCACAGCAGGACAUCCAGCAUCUCUGUGGAACGAGUGGUGCCAGAGAGCUCGGGACAGCCUCAGCGUCGCGGCGACUGGGGGCAGACAGGAAGCACAUUCAGUUACCCACUGCUCUACUUCUGGAGAAGAAUCAUAUUUAUCGAAUGGUGCAUCAGCUGACGCCUCCGAUAUUGACCUCAUCGACGGCGUAUGGAUUAGUGAAUAUCAGCAACGGAUUUCCAUCUCAAGUGGGGUAGGUGUUUGGGAAAAAGACAGCCGGCUAAUACCGACCUCGUGCAGGCCUUCACAGAAUCCGUUGGUGCCUGAGUCUGGAAGCCGGUGGACUUUUGAAACAGCUCCUGCAGGCACAUUCUCAGUGAAUCUUGGAGGUAUCAAGCGCAUGGCGCGCUUGUCAGGAGGAAAGUUGGUGUGGUGUGAUGGGGCCGAGUGGACGCGACAUGCCACAGGUGGAACUACCCCAGUCGCGCAGUCCACUCGCGACAGCGUGGAAGUUUCUGUGGGGAAAGUCGUAGUCCGCGGGCCCCAUGGUCAGAAGAUAGUUUUGAAUAAGGGAGAUGAUGUCGCGCGGGCGAUUGCUGCCGAUUUCCACAUCCCAGACGAUGAACAGCAUCUGCUGCUUGAGCAUGCACCCGCGAACGCGUCCGCCGACACGCAAUACCGAGUGGAGCGGAAAAUGCCAGUGCAGAAGAUACGCGGCGGCGGAUUCACCCAGAACACGAUUGGGCACUUCUUUCGCGAUGGGCGGUCGAUUUUUGCGCUGCUGAACGGCUUGACUUCGGGCGACGUGGAUCCACUGCGCGAUCUCGAACCGAUUCGGAUCAGCUGGCACCAUGAAGCAUGGUGGUCCCUUGACAACAGGCGGCUUUGGGCUCUGAAGUGUUUCUCGGCGACUCACUGCCAAGGCCAGAAAGUCUGCGUCCGAGUGAGCGUAUGUCCUGUGACCAGCGAGUUUAAUUGGAAGUUCUCCACGACUAACAAUGGCGCAUCGGUGCAGGUUAUCGAAAGAUCGCGUUCGCCAUCUCCGAGCGCUAGGAGUCCUCGCGACUCACCACAGCGGAAGCCGUAG